UUACUUUCCAACAUUUUUUGUAAAUCAACCCGUCGAAAAAAUUAUUGAUUCGCUUUGUGUUUAUUCAACUCAUCUUCAAGAUAUUUAUCAACGAUUUAUUGAUGCACUUCUAAGUAUUAAUGCGACUCUUAGAUCUGAAUUUUCAACAAUUCAAGAAGAGAAUAAAUCUCUUCGAGAUGAGAAUGAAUCUCUUCGAAGUGAGAAUGAAUCUCUUGAAGGAUUAGUUAAUAGGUUCUCUCGAGAA